GGGAGCGGGUCUCGAAACUGCGGAGAUCGGAUGCGCCCGGCGGCUCCAGCGGGGCCACGGCCGCCCGCGGGCCAUGGAGCUGCCCAUGGAUGUGACCAUGGAUGUGCCCGUGGAACUGCCCUCGCUGCUGCCUACGGCCACUGUCAUCCCCUGGGGCAACGGCACCGCCUGGGCCCCCCUGCCCGGACACGGGGUCAACGACACGGGCCUGCAGCGGGCCAAGAACGCUACAUCCAUCCUCAUCGCCAUCGUCAUCACUGCGCUCUACUCUGUGGUGUGCGUGGUGGGGCUGCUGGGCAACGUCCUGGUCAUGUACGGCAUCGUCAGGUACACCAAGAUGAAGACAGCCACCAAUAUCUACAUCUUCAACCUGGCACUGGCUGAUGCACUGGCCACCAGCACACUGCCCUUCCAGAGCGCCAAGUACCUCAUGGAGACCUGGCCCUUUGGGGAAUUGCUCUGCAAGGUUGUGCUCUCUAUUGACUACUACAACAUGUUCACCAGCAUCUUCACCCUCACCAUGAUGAGCGUAGACCGCUACAUCGCCGUGUGCCACCCGGUCAAGGCCCUGGACUUCCGCACGCCGGCCAAAGCCAAGAUCAUCAAUGUCUGCAUCUGGGUGCUCUCCUCCCUCAUCGGGGUGCCCAUCAUGAUCAUGGCGGUCACCAAGUCAAAAGAUGGUAUUGUCCUGUGCACUCUCCAGUUUCCUGACCCUCCCAUCUACUGGGACACUGUGACCAAGAUCUGUGUCUUCAUCUUUGCCUUCCUGGUCCCCAUUUUGGUCAUCACCAUCUGCUACGGGCUGAUGAUCCUUCGCCUGAAGAGUGUCCGGCUCCUCUCAGGCUCUAAGGAGAAGGAUCGCAACUUGCGGCGCAUCACACGCAUGGUGCUGGUGGUGGUGGCAGCCUUCAUCAUCUGCUGGACACCCAUCCACAUCUUCGUCAUCAUCUGGACGCUGGUGGACAUAGACAAGAAGAACCCCUAUGUGGUGGCCAGCCUGCACUUCUGCAUUGCUCUCGGCUACACCAACAGCAGCCUCAACCCUGUCCUUUAUGCUUUCCUGGAUGAAAACUUCAAGAGGUGCUUCCGAGAGUUCUGCCUGCCUUUCCGAGCCCGUGUGGACCAGAACAGCUUCUCCCGCGCCAGGAACACCACGCGGGAGCACGUCUCCACCUGCACCCCUUCCGAAGCCCGCAACAAACCGGCAUGACUAGACGUGGGCAGCCCCCAGCGGGGCUGCCGGGGACACGGAGGAGAUGAGCUGCACUCAGAAGUCACCCAGGUCACCACCACAGAGUUGUAGCAGAAUGGUGGGCUGGGCGCUGCUUGGUAACACUGCUGGGUUUGCAUACAGACUGACUGCAAAAACUUUUUACAUCCUGAGAAAGAAAAAUGGGAGAAUUGAGACUCACCAAAUGAUGUAGGGAGAGGACAAGAACAAGAGGCAAGUUGGGCAAAUAUGCUCCAUUGAUGCCACCACCUCAACCAACAACACCCAGCAGGGGCUGUCACCCUCCAACACGUGUACUUGGCAGAGCCCAGGGCACCAGAACUGCAAUGUCUGUGUGCUUAUCCUCCUGCACGGGCCAGGAUGACACCACAGCCCAUGGCAAGAGGGGAAAUACUCACAUGGCAGAAAGGAACUGUGCCAGGAAGUGAUCAUAGCAUCACAGAAUCAUUCAGGUUGGAAAAGCCCUCCAAGAUCAUCAAGUUCAACUGUUCUUCUACCACUACAAAGGCCACCAAUAGCCCAUGUCCCACAUGCCACACCCACACAUUGAUGUUUAAAUCUCUUCAGUGAUGUUACUCCACCACUGCCCUGGGGAGCUGUCCCUUGAAAGGGCUGGACAACCCUUUCAAGGAAGAAACAUUCCCUAAUAUCCAGCCUAAUCCUCCCCUGGAGUGACUUGAGGCCAUUUUCUCUGCCAUGUCAUGGGACCUUAUUCCAUCCCCCUCUGGGCUGUGUCCAAAAGACAACUGGACAUGGGAAGAAAAACUUAUGCCACUUCAGAGACACUGUUUUCAAAAAGCUCCAGAUCCAUUGUAAAGAUUCUCCUGGAGUUCCUCAAACUGGGAUUGCUCCCAGAGAAAACUUUCUACAGUUCAUGUCAUUGUUAUGUUAGUGUUAUUUUGAGACCUCUGACUGCAGCUAAGGCUGCCCUGGACAUGGAUGUGAUGCUGGGAAUAUGGGUAUGGCCAGGGGAUGGAGCAGCGAUGACCCCCAUUCCAGCAGCAUCCCAGCAUAUUUGGAGGCCAAACAUCAGCAGCAUCCCAGCAGGGAUUUGGAGGCCAAACCAGCUUCUUCCCACCUAAAAAACAGCUCCUCCAGUCCCUCAUCUGGGCUGGGAGACUGGGGACAAAUCCUAGUGCAGGUGAACAGCACUGGGAGAUCCUGCCCAGACUGGGCCAUGCUGUAGCCAGGAUGCUCUGAGGGAACUCUUUGUGUACCUUUAUAAAUAUGUAUGUAUGUCUGACUAUAGCUGUAUGAAAUUAAAGUGACCCCAAGGCCUCCCAUCACACCUCCCACUACAGCAGCUGCUCCAAGUGUGAAGGAGCCGAAUAUGCCGGAUCCAUAGCAUCUCACAAACUACUUCAGACACUAUUUCCAGCUCCAACCCUUGGGAUAUUUGCCUUACAGUGGCAUUUCUGUACAGGAACCCUGCUUUCUAAAAAUUAAAUAAAA